UCCACUGGCUCCUUCCCUCCUAACUCCUCACUUCAUAGUGCUGCGUACUAAAAACAUCGGACGCUAGGGGAUCAAGACGCAUGCCACAUUGCCUCUAUGAGGGCACUUUAACAGAUCUUACGGGGUUUUUUUCCCAGUAAGGGGGCUGUGGAGGGAGGACUUUUUUUAUUUCCAUUGUCUGACGACUAUUUGCACGGCUGAUUAUUGAGUUGAUUGUUUAUUAUUUUUGGCUGUUGUUGCCCGACGCCCUGCGCGUUUUUUUUCCUCCCUUUUUGGAAUCGGCGACCCAUCCCGCGCUCACCAAUGUCCUAUCCUCAGGGUUACCUCUACCAGCCCCCGGGCUCUCUGGCUCUUUAUUCGUGUCCGGCUUACGGGGCCUCGGCUCUGGCUGCCCCGCGGAAUGAAGACUUGGCGAGGUCGUCGUCUGGCUCAGCCUUCAGUCCUUACCCUGGAUCGGCUGCUUUCUCCGCCUCGGCUGGGGCAGGCUUCUCCAGUCCGCUGUCAUACUCCACAGAUCCCACGACGGGAUUCCCAUCGUACAUGAGCUCUCCAUAUGACGCGCACACGACGGGCAUGGCCGGAGCAUUGAGUUACCACCCAUACGGGAGUCCAGGGUACCCCUACCAACUCAACGACCCGGCUUACCGCAAAAACGCCACCAGGGACGCCACGGCCACCCUGAAGGCCUGGCUGCAGGAGCACAGGAAGAACCCGUACCCGACAAAAGGAGAGAAGAUCAUGCUGGCCAUCAUUACUAAGAUGACCCUGACGCAGGUCUCCACAUGGUUCGCCAACGCCAGGCGGAGGCUCAAGAAAGAGAACAAGAUGACCUGGGCGCCCAGGAAUAAGAGCGAAGACGAGGACGAGGAGGACGGAGACGGGGAGAGGAAAGAGGUGGAGCGCUCUGACAAAACCCUGGAUAACAGCGAGGCUUCAGCGGAGGAUGAAGGUAUCAGCUUGCACGUCGACACCCUGACGGACCACUCCUGCUCUGCAGAGUCUGACGGGGAGAAGGUCAGCUGUCGUGUGGGAGAGCUGGGCUCAGACCGGGCCGGCGAUAAAUGCGACGAGGACGGCGAUGAUCAGGACCACGACCCACGGCCACAACUCUCGCCCAAACCCGUCACAUCGUCGCCCCUAACGGGAGUAGAGGCUCCAGUUCUCAGCCAUCACCAACAUCACCACCACCACCACCUCCAUCAACUCCACCAUCUCCACAGCCAGCGCGAGGAUUUGGCCCGGAGCCUCGUCAAUAACAACAAUAUUAACACCAAUAAAUCGUCUUCAUGCCUUGACAGCAGACCUUCUUCGGGGCCGCCUCAGAACCCUACAGUCAAGCCCAAAUUGUGGUCGCUGGCGGAGAUUGCUACCUCGGACCAAAAGCAGCAACAUCAGCAACUGGGGCAGCCUGGGCAACUAAAUUGCCCCUCCUCCAGCGGUGGCCUCCUUACCCCCUCUACGCCUUCCACCACCUCCCCGACUGCCAGUUCCCCCUCCCUCUACCCGACCCCCUCCAUCCUUGGAAGACCUAUUUAUUACACUUCUCCCUUUUAUAGCAAUUACACAAACUAUGGCAACUUCAGCCCCCUGCAGGGCCAAGGGAUCCUGCGGUAUACUAAUUCAUCCGGAGUGAGUCUGGCUGCUGCCGCCGCCGCUGCCGCCGCCGCCGCUGCUGCAGCAAACGAGGGUCUGAGCUCCUCUCACCAGGCUCUGGAGGCGAGCACAAACCCCAAACACAGGCCAGACUCCCCCCUCGUUAAACAUAACCCAAACCAGAUUGUUGUUGUCGAGCAGCAGCAGCAGCAACAGCAGCAUUUCAGAGCCGCAAAUUUAGAAGCAAAGAAAGGUACGUAAUGACGUGACGCGGCGCAGCGUUGACGAAAUGAUUUGGAGCUUAAUUUAAUCUGGUGUUGAAUCUUGAGGUUGCAUUUUUUUUAAUUCUUAAAAGCAGGAGGGGAAAUCGCACCGGUGUUCACUUGUUUCCAAUGCAAAUCAACGGCUUUUCCUUUGUGUCACUUUAAUGUGUCACUGCAGUCACACCGUGGGAUGAUCUGGCUGGUUUUCUGCCACUUUUCUGCGAGCUUGCAUUGGAAACAAGUGGCGUUAUCUGACACUGUUGGCAGAUUCCCACUGGUUUUAAGAGAAAUGCGAUUUUAGGACUGAAUAUGAGACUAAAUGACUCAUUAAGACGGACUAUUUUUUUUUUUUUUUAAAAGAAAAUGAACGUGUAUUAUGGGCUAUAAUUCGUUUUCAGGCGCAGUGAAUUUUUUGAAAUAAUCAAUUCUCAAUAUUCAUUAGUUGAACAAUGCUUUCUAACAUUGAAUUAUUAGAUUUUCAUUUGCAGCAUUUAGACAACAGUAGGGCUAUAAUAAGAAAAGAGAAAAAAAAGCGUAUUGCAAAAACAAACGUGCUUAGAGUUACACCUCACCAAGAUAGAGACAUUAAAAUAAGCCCAUUAAGGACUGGCCUCGAAUCAGCCUAAACCACGCGCACUCACACACAGAGACGCGCACACACACAAACACACACACACACAGUGGGCAGCCUAAAGCAGAGACAUGUUGCCAUAGCUUUGAGCAGGAAUUCUAUUUUUAAUGUUUCCUCUGAUAUCUGUGUGUGCGUGUGUGUGUGUGUGUGUGUGUGUGUAUGUGCACAGUGGGCCUCAACCCCUUAUCUUCCAGCGUAGGAUAAUUAUAAUUACACAGGGUCAGCCAAAAGCAAACAAAUCACUUAGUUUGCUCUGUGCACUCAUCGUGCAACUUCACAUCUUCAGAUGUCACUUAGGUGGUUGUGGUUCUUUCCUUGCACACAUUCACGCCGCUGGAUAGUCUGUUUUUUUUUGUAUGAUUAUUUUUACCGGUAAUUAGGCAGUGGGGAUUUUUAAUAAGCACUUACAGUAUAGGGUUGUUUUUUUGGGGGGUAGAGCGAGCCUGAGAAAACUUGAUGUUUUCUGCUCAUGUGGAGGGAGUUGAUCAUUUGAUCGAGUGGGAUUUUUUUUAUUUUUUUUAUUUCCAUGCUCUGCAGGUAGGUGUCACAAUUGCUUUGAGUAUAAAGCGAGUAAGGCCACCACCUUUUAGCCCCACGUUUUAACCCCCAUAACCUUUACUCCAAACCGGAUCUAGUGCCACCAUAUAGUCGGAAUGAACGCUGCUACCGCUUUCCUCAGCUCCACACCGAGCUGAGACACCCUUCUUAACAGCACACACACGUUUGUCACGUUAUUACUGUUUCAGUUGUUUUGUUUUGAUGCAUUGUGCGUAAUAAUUUCAUAUGCUGGUUUGAAAAAAGAUCUCCCAUUAUAUGUGAUUUUACAUGUUAUUUCUCAGGUUCCUAUAGUUUGCUUAUUUGCCACGGUAUAUUAUUUUAGUAUAUAUUUACGUGUGGAAAACAUAAUUUGGCCUUUCUGUGAAAUUGUAUUUGUAAAAGGAGGUGUCCUGGGACGCAAAGCGGACGGAACUGAAGUGAAGUUGAGGACUUCAAAGUGGAAUAGCCUACAUUUGAUAUUUAUUUUUUUAAAUGAUGGCGAAAUGAUGCCUAUAAUUUAUGCAAGUUGUAUUGCAAAAAAUGGGAAACUGACAUCGUCUGUUUGUUUUGUAAAUAUAUAUAUAUUAUGGACGGUUUUUAUUUGAGACGCAUUUGGGGAAAAAAAGCUACACAAUCUUGUUAUCAGGAGAACUUUUACUAAUUUAUAUCUUUGAAUGUAAAUAAAAUAAAACGCGCCGGUAUUGAUGUACUGGCGGGGUAUGAUAUUCAUUAUUCAAAGGAGAAAAUAUUAAACUGUUUUCCCAACUAUUACAUCAAU